UAUAAAUGCUAAAUUCCCAUAUAAUAACAGAUCUGUGUUUGGGGGCGUGUUUUACCUUAAUUAAGUCACUCUUCUAUCCAAUCGGUGCUUAGAUGGGCGGUGUUCAAUCGCUCAAGGCGCGCGCCCGGGCUCGGAGACCGUAACUCGGGCUGGAAUUCAGCGCAGAGUGAUGACAGUCCCAACGCAGUCACAUUUAGACAAGGAAUAACUCACUUGCAGCUCUGUUAUUUAAUCAACUGAUCCAGUUUUACUUGCAGACAUAAACCCAGGCGCAAGUUCAGACCAUGCGCUCUAUGUGAACAGCUGCGCAAAGACGCACACGCUGAAAGACAUUUGACAGCUCGCCAACGGGACACUGGAGUGGACAUGUGAAGAAAUGGAUAUGCAGCCUCUUCAUAUGAUCAAAAUGCGAUCUGAUAUCAUCAUCGUCCUCGUCCUCACUGCUGUGAUUGUUCCCCUGUGCACCUCGCAGUCAGUGUGUCCUGGCACUGAUAACAAGCUCAGCACGCUGUCUGAUUUGGACCAGCAAUACAAAACUCUUCGCAAGUUCUACGAGAACUGUGAGGUGGUCAUGGGUAAUCUGGAGAUCACCAGUAUUGAAAGAAACCACAAUCUGUCUUUCCUCAAGUCCAUCCGUGAGGUGACGGGUUAUGUGUUGGUGGCUCUGAAUCAGUUCGACUAUCUUCCUCUGGAGAACCUGCGUAUCAUCCGAGGCACUAAACUGUAUGAAGGACGCUACGCCCUGGCCAUCUUUCUCAACUACAGACGGGAUGGCUACUUCGGCCUUAGACAACUCGGCCUCAAGAACCUGACAGAAAUCCUGAAUGGAGGUGUGUAUGUGGAUCAGAACAAGUUCUUGUGUCACGCUGAUACCAUCCACUGGAAUGACAUAAUCAAGAACCCGCGUUCUGAACUUCUGGUGGUUCCUUCCAACAACAGUGGCAACUCAUGCAGACGGUGUCACAGAUCUUGUAAUGGACGUUGCUGGGGUCACCAGGAAGACCAGUGCCAAAGCUUGACAAAGACAGUGUGUGCAGAGCAGUGUGAUGGACGCUGUUUUGGUCCGUACGUCAGUAACUGCUGCCACCGUGAAUGUGCAGGAGGCUGUUUCGGACCCAAAGACACAGACUGCUUCGCUUGUACCAACUUUAAUGACAGCGGGGCCUGUGUGACACAAUGUCCUCAGCCAUUCGUCUACAAUCCAACAACCUUCCAGCUCGAGCACAAUCCCAACGCCAAAUACACUUAUGGAGCUUUCUGUGUCAAGAAAUGCCCACACAACUUUGUGGUGGAUCACAGCUCUUGUGUCAAAGCCUGUCCGAGCAACAAGAUGGAGGUGGAGGAAAAUCACAUCAAGAUGUGCAUCCCAUGCACUGACAUCUGCCCGAAAGUGUGUGAUGGUAUAGGUACCGGCAGUCUUCAGGCGGCUCAAACUGUAGAUUCCAGCAACAUUGAAAAGUUUGUCAAUUGCACCAAAAUCAACGGCAACCUCAUCUUCCUCAUCACAGGCAUUAAAGGGGACAUGUUUCAUGGCAUAAAAGCUCUGGACCCUGAUCGGUUAAAUGUAUUCCGCACCGUCAGAGAGAUCACAGGCUUCUUGAACAUUCAGUCUUGGCCGGAAAACAUGACAGAUCUUGGUGUUUUCUCGAACCUUGCCACCAUUGGAGGACGCUCUCUUUAUAGUGGUAUUUCUCUGCUGAUCCUGAAGCAGCGCUGGAUCUCUUCGCUGAAGUUCCAGUCUCUGAAAGAGAUCAGCGCCGGUAACGUCUACAUGACCAACAACAGUCAUCUCUGCUUCUACAACACAGUGAACUGGACCAGUCUGUUCCGCACCAGCACCCAGAGAGCUCUGAUCAAGAGCAACAGGGACCCCAGAGAGUGUACUAAAGAGCAGAUGGUGUGUGAUCCGUUGUGUUCGGAGGAAGGAUGCUGGGGUCCCGGUCCAGACCAGUGUCUCUCGUGCAAAUACUUCAGCCGAGGAAAGACAUGUGUCAAGUCCUGUAACUUAUAUUAUGGGGAUGUUCGAGAGUAUGCCAAUGGCUCGGUUUGUGUUGAGUGUGACAGCCAGUGUGAAAAGGCCGUAGAGAAAAGUUUGACCUGCCUUGGUCCGGGUCCAGAUCACUGUGUGAAGUGCUUGCAUCUCAAAGAUGGACCCAACUGUGUGGAGAAAUGCCCUGAUGGUCUGCAGGGAGCAAACAGCUUCAUCUUCAAAUAUGCUGAGACCAACAACGAGUGCCAUCCCUGCCACCCCAACUGCACCCAGGGUUGUACUGGACCCAGAGUACAAGAUUGCAUUGGCAUGUUGGACAGGACUCCUCUGAUUGCUGCUGGGUUAAUCGGGGGUCUCUUUGUGAUGGUCAUCAUAGCUCUAGGUGUGGCUGUUUACAUCCGUCGAAAGAGCAUUAAGAAAAAGAGAGCUUUACGUCGUUUCCUGGAGACUGAGUUGGUGGAGCCGUUGACACCCAGUGGUACAGCACCAAACCAAGCUCAGCUGCGAAUAUUGAAGGAAACUGAGCUCAAGCGAGUCAAGAUUCUGGGAACUGGAGCCUUUGGCAUGGUCUAUAAGGGAAUCUGGGUUCCAGAAGGAGAAACUGUGAAGAUUCCUGUGGCUAUAAAGAUACUCAAUGAAAGUACAGGACCUAAAGCCAAUGUGGAGUUUAUGGAUGAGGCGCUGAUCAUGGCCAGCGUGGAGCAUCCUCAUCUAGUGCGUCUUUUGGGGGUCUGCUUGAGUCCCACUAUUCAGCUGGUAACUCAGCUCAUGCCUCAUGGCUGUCUGCUGGACUACGUACAUGAACACCAGGAGAACAUCGGCUCCCAGCUGCUGCUCAACUGGUGUGUGCAGAUCGCAAAGGGUAUGAUGUACCUGGAGGAGAGGCGGCUGGUGCACAGGGACCUCGCAGCCCGUAACGUCCUGGUGAAAUCUCCAAACCACAUUAAGAUCACUGAUUUUGGACUUGCUCGACUGCUGGAUGCUGAUGAAAAGGAGUAUAAUUCAGAUGGAGGGAAGAUGCCAAUCAAGUGGAUGGCCCUGGAGUGCAUUCAUUACAGAAAGUUCACACAUCAGAGUGAUGUAUGGAGUUAUGGAGUGACUAUCUGGGAGCUGAUGACGUUUGGAGGAAAGCCCUACGAUGGGAUUCCCACACGUGAGAUUCCAGACAUCUUGGAGAAGGGCGAGCGUUUGCCCCAGCCGCCCAUCUGCACCAUAGACGUCUACAUGGUGAUGGUCAAAUGCUGGAUGAUUGAUGCUGAUAGUCGGCCUCGGUUUAAAGAACUCGCUGCAGAGUUCAGCCGCAUGGCACGAGACCCUCAGAGAUACCUCGUCAUACAGGGGGACGAUCGCAUGAAGCUGCCCAGCCCCAACCACAGUAAGUUCUUCCAGAGUCUUCUAGAUGAGGAGGAGCUGGAUGACCUGAUGGAUGCUGAGGAGUACUUGGUUCCUCAGACCUUCAAUAUCGCUACCUCUUCUUACACAUCAAGACCACCAAUGGAUACCAGUAGGAUGCAACUGAAGUGUCGUGAAAGAGUUUUUAGCCCAGAAGACGGGAUGGGAGCUUGUUCCCAUGAUACUUCUGGUACAGUGAGUGGCGUCUUCAUUCCUCUAAGCACACAAGGUGCAGGUCUCGGUGCCCUUGAGGAACAACACUGUAAUGGGAGCUUGAAAAAACAGCCCAUGUCCGCUGGAGACGACUGCGACGGCCAGCGCUACAGCGCAGACCCAACUGUCUUUUUCGGAGAAAGGAAUCAGAAGACCACUGGUGAAGAUGGUUACAUUAGCCCUAUGAACAAAUCAGCCUCAGACCAUCUUAGUCCUAUCGAGGAGAAUCCUUUUGUAAACCAGCGGAAAAAUGGAAAUAUCACUGCACUGGACAACCCGGGUUACCACAGCACCCCUGAUAGAAAACCCAAGGGUGAGGAUGAGUACAUCAACGAACCCCUUUACCUCAACACAUACAACAACAAUAGUGGGAUGAACCAGGAGAUUAUGAGGAAAAAUGGAGCUUCCAUCCCCCUACAGAUGACAACAGCAGCCAACACCGCAAGUAGCCACGUUAUCCUCUCGACACAAACUGGGAAAGCCCACCACCAUGGCCAGGGAACACAUGUUCAUUUCGCUGUUCCACCUGUUCAGCCCCCCCAGACAAGAUCGAUGAGCCAAAAUGGCCAGCAUUCCCAGUCGUCACACGGUGCCGAAUCCAAUUCCUCCAGCAUGUCUGGCAAUCCCUCCUUAUUAACCCAAAUCUCCCUCGUCAGCCAACAGAUCCAACCUUGUCUGGCGAGUCAGUCGGCCUCUUCAACCCAUCCGGCUCAAGUGGUGAAAUCUGCAGUCACCAGUAAAAGUAUAUCCGGCCUUCCCGGCCACCUUGUCUAUCCGGGUAACAUGCUUCAAACGGGGCAUUCUGGGACCGUAAUGGUCGACAGGAAGUCAAAGAAGAAUUUUGAUAAUCCUGACUACUGGCAGCAUAGUCUACCGCCCAAGGUGACCCAACCAAACCCUCAAGAUCCAACUCAAGUGUGCAAAAGCAAACAUCUCUACAGGCACAGCAUCCGAAGUCGCAUCGCCGUGGCUGACAACCCUGAGUAUCUUUCCGAGUUUAACAAGAGACCGGGAACGGUUCUGCCACCUCCACCCUACCGGCACAGGAAUACAGUGGUGUAAAGCCGCAGUUCUAGAGAGCCAGAUUCUUCUACCAGCAUUGUAUGCUAAUUUGGAAUUACUGAAGAACAGGAAAACUCCCAGCUUCAGGAAUUACUGAAGGAGACUUAUCAGACUUUAAAGGGAAAAUUGAUCAACCAAAGUGCCUCUAAACUAUUCCAAAAGCUAUUCCAUCUUUUCUAUUCCAACAAAUCAGAAUGUAAUCAGAUGUGCAUCCUUUAAAGGGAAAGUGUAAACCAAAAAUGGACAUUCUGUCAUCAUUUAUCCUCCCUCAUGUCACUCCAAACUUAAAAUACUUUUAAACACAAAUGAAGAUAAUUUUUUAAUGAAGCCUGAGUGAUUUAUGUCCCUCCACUGAAAGUCCAUUGUACUGAGAAGAAAAAAAAAAAACUCUGGUUACAGACAAAUGUAUUAUGUUUUCCUCAAGACAUAUAUUUGUGGUUUGGUAAAACCUUAAAUUUUGAUUCAAUAUUAAUGAAAAAUAUUUUUUUACCAAAGACCAAAAAUUUACAUUCAUACCAAGUAAAGAGACUCUCUCUCUCUCUCUCUCUCUCUCUCUCUCUCUCUCUCUCUCUCUGUAUAGGUAUAUGUGUAUGUUAAUAUGUACAUGUAUAUGCUAUAUCUAGUAUGUGUUCUGCACAUAACCACUCUGGUGUCAUACAAAUAUUUUUUUCAAGCAAAAUUGUUUUUUUUUUGUUUUAUUAUUUAUUUAUUUAUUUAUUUAUUUGCUUUCAGACAAACCAGAACCGGAAACCAUGAUUUUCGAUUAGACCAGAAUAAAAAUGCACUUUACAUAAAUGACACAACAAAACUUUCAAAAAGUUCAUAAAGACAUCGUAAAACAAAUCCAUAUGAAUUGUUUGUUCUCACGUGUCAAGCAAGUACGGUUGAGCUUCCAUUUACCAUAUUUGAUGUGCUCUAUGCGCAUUGAUCAGUGUUUAUAUGUGAAUAAAUGCCUAAACUAAAUCAUCAAAUUAAACAAUUGUGUCUCUGCAGAAGAUCUCUUUAAACCUCUUUAUAUGGAUUUCUUUUACGAUCUCUGUAUGUUUUGGUGAUGGGACAGAAAUAUCUCAGGUUUCAUUUAAAAUAUCUUAUUUUGUGUUUCAAAUAUGAAGUCUUAUGUGCUUUUAUGGGUUAAAUGAUGAAAGAAUAUUCAUUUUUGUGCAAACUAACCCUUUAAUUCUCACUUCUGACUGAUUCUCCUACACUUCUGUGCAUCAUGACAUUGUGGAAACUGGGUAAGGAAGGUAAGGAAAAACAAGAUAUCACACAUCCUCUUGUGUUUUUUCGAAAGGAAAUGGACUUCAAUAUCGUUUCUUUGUGGUUUAGACCAGCUGUCUUUUUGACUACUUUCCAUCCAUCUUGUAUUGUUGCUGUUGAUGCCGUAAGCUAUAUUCUCUUCAAUUUUCUUGACUGAAGGACACGGAUGCAUUACGAAUCAAGGAUUGUCCUCAAGAAAACUGGGGUACAGUAACUCUUAUGUGAAUGAGACAAUGGUGUGGAUUGUAAAUUGGUGCAUCUUCUUGUACUGUAGUGGAUUUAUUAAUAGACUAUACUACUAUUUAUUUUCAGUCAUUCAGUUCUUCAUGUUUUUUAAAGAUCUUACCAAUUUCCCCCAGUUUUGUACUCAUAUAUUGGAAUUAUUAACAAAUCUGAUACACAGGCAGAGAAAGAGCACAUGGGCAGCCAUACCAGCUUCUUGAGCUAACGGGAAAUAAGUGCCUUCCUCAGUGGCACAAAAGCAUCGGUGGACGUGUCAAUGGAGUGAUUUGACCUGGAAUCUUUAACCGCUGUAAAUAUGUGAAACCAAUUUGAAUAUUUACUACUACUGAGCCACCCAUGUGCAAAUAGACUCACCCAGUGCUGGAACCAUGUAUUGAAAAUAUGUUGUUGUAUUUAAUUCAUCUAGUAAUGAAUUUAACGGCAAGAUCGAUAUAUUUUGGAAGGCAAUAUUACAGGUGAUAUGGAGGGCACAAUACAAACUCAAACUACUGAUCUCCAAUGGAGAAUUUUUCAAUGUACUGUGACAGAAAAUACUUUUGUCUGAAAUGCAUCCUGCUCUCAGUGAGAGUGUGACCGUAUUGUGGCCAGGGAGAAACUGUUCAUAUGUUUUAUAAACUGUAAUGGGCGUUUGUCAUUAAUUAUGUCAGAGUGUCUUAUCAGAUAAGAAGUUGUGACUGUGCAAAUUUGGUCCUAAACAUACCAUGCUGAAAUUAUGAGACUUUGAUUUGCUUUCGACUGAACCGCCAUUGGAGAUGUAGCUAGAUUUGUUUGGCUUUUCUGUUUCAUUCUCUUCAUUGCCUUGUACUUUUGUUUGUUUUGAGGCUAUUUCAAAAGAUGCAUCUCAUCCCUGUUGUAAUUCUAUUUGAUGGAAUGACACAAUA